AUCCGACGAGCAAAAACGAGGCUGUGUGCCGCCGACAACGCGUCUCAGCUUAUUGUCGCAGCGCAGGAGUCGCCUCGAGGCCCGUUGCCACUGCCUGGUUGCAAGCGGCGCGCGCACCGUGCCGCGGGAAGCUCCCCAGGCAAAACCGCUCCUUUUGGUCCCAGUGGGCGUAGCGGUGGAGGAAUCUUCCAAAGGCUGCCAGACAACCCUCGAGAGCCAUGCGGCGCCCGCUCCUGCUCCUCGCCUGCGCCCUGGCGGCCGGAGCCAACGAGGCGCCCGCGGCGCCGCCCGAGAACCUAGCGCAAUUCGUCCGAGAAGCCCUCGAGAACGCCUACACGACGCGCGACUAUAAACGCGCCGUCAGACUGCUCCAGGACGGCCACGCGGACCAGAUCCUCGAGGUCGCGUGGGACGACAACCACGAGGAAGUCGCCCGGAGCUUCGCCGCGAAGCGGGGCUUGACGGGCGCCGACGCCCACGCGGUCCGGGAGCUCGCCCGCGAGAUGAAAUUAGAUGCGGCCAACAGACGGGAUUUGAGGUUAUGGUCCAUAUGUGUAGAUGACGUCGUGACAAGUUCUUUCGAGCUGAUUGUUGCGCAGAAUUAUGCUCCUGUGCCUAUUCGGAAGGGCGAGACCGCUCGUGAAGUAGCCAAGGAGUGGUGUCGGAAGCGAGAUAUCCCGGAGCCUGAAUGCGACAUGAUCUCCGCGACGAUCUGUCGCGAGGCCGUCGCUCGCGGCUUCGCGUCGUCCACACCGGCGAAGCCUACUGGUAUUCAGGUCACGGAAGGUUCGCGAGUGAUGGCUCGAAGGGAUGGCACGUUCCAGCGCGGCGUCGCGCGGUCUGUCUCUGGGAAAUUCGUCGACGUGCUCUUUGACGAUGGUCAACACCAGAACACGUCUGUGUUUGAUGUUAGAGCGCUGCCGUCACCGAAGGAACCUCCUUCUUCGCAUCCGUCGUAUGUCUGGGCGGCGGUGGCCGCUUUGCAGGCGCUCGUGCUCGGGUUAGUGGUCCUAAGGGACCACCGCCGCCUGCGAGUGGAGCCACCUGCCAGGCCGCGGGAGGUGUCGCCCACGCCCAUCGUGCCAAAGGCUCGAGACUGGGGCGCGCGGAGACGACGACGGAGCGCCACGGAAACGCCGAGUCCCGCGGUGCGGCGAUCACUCUCAACAGCACCAACAGAUACGGUGGCGAGCGACCGCCUCGGCCUGCUCAGCGCGACGCCGGGGUCCAAGGCCCACGAGAAGGCCUGGCGCAAGAUGUGGGCGACGAGUCACGUCUCGGGCGACGACGGCGCCUUCCAGGAGUGGUACUCUUCCACAUUUCCCACGUCGCCGCGGUCUCCAACGCUCGAGGAGGAGGACGACGACGGCGCCGCGGCGGCGCUCGAGGCGGCGGAGGGCGAGCUGCGGCGCGCGAGUCAGGCGCUGGGCGCCGGGAAUCCCGAGGUCGCGGGCGGGGACUAACUAAGAGGUGUUGUUAUUU